AGUUGGACGUGCCACGUCUACAUGGGUUUGGGGCUGAGCACAGCAGGGAGGGAAGGGGAAGACAGUGGGGGCAAUUAAAGAAAGGGAUAUACUCUCAAGAAAAAAAGAAGUGGGCAAAAAACAGUUUUGCAUACUAUGUUGCCUAAAGGUCUGCAAGCUUCCCUCGCACUCGUUUUCACCUUUGUGCUGGGUUAUGCCAGCAGUGCCCUGAUUCCAGAGGCUGAUGUGAAAAUCGAUGUGCUGCAAAAGCCUUUCCUCUGUCACCGAAAGACCAAACUAGGUGACCAGUUACUGGUCCAUUAUGCUGGAUUUUUUGAGAAUGGCACCAUGUUUCAUUCCAGUCACAAGGACAACAAUGGCGAGGCAGUUUGGUUCACACUUGGGAUCAAAGAAACACUUGUAGGCUGGGACAGAGGUUUACGUGAGAUGUGUGCAGGAGAGAAGAGGAAGCUAGUCAUUCCCCCAAGCCUGGCAUAUGGAAAAGAAGGAAAAGGAAAAAUUCCACCUGAAAGCACGUUGGUAUUUGAAAUUGAACUCCUUGACAUCCGAAAUGGACCACGGUCACAUGAAUCAUUUCAGGAGAUGGACCUCAAUGAUGACUGGAAAUUGUCCAGACAUGAAGUGAAAGAAUAUCUUCGCAGAGAAUUUGACAAAUAUAAAGUUGAACAAAAUGACACCCAACAGGACUCUAUGGUCAACGACAUCUUUAAGAAUGAAGAUGAAGAUGAAGAUGGAUACAUUUCUGCUAGAGAAUUUACAUAUAAACAUGAUGAGCUAUAAAUGAAUGGUCCUGUUCCCUCCUAGUAUAUUUGGAUGUUACAUUUGUUAUUUUAAGUGUUUAUUUUUCAAAGUAGCAAAGAAUAACUCCCCUGUAAAAUAAGCCUGAAAAAUGCAAUUUUUAAAAAAGUUUUGUUUUAAAAUUUAAUCCGAUAUAUUCUAUGAGAUGAAUGGAUACAUUUGGAAUGUUUUACCUCUUAUUUUGAAUGUUUUAUAUAAUAAUAUUGACAUUCGCUCAGUAAGUGCAGACAUUUCUGUGGGAAUUAAUGUCAGUCAUAAUUACAUGACCAUCAUUGAGAUACUUCUAUGGAAUUUGAAGCCCUAUACUGAUUCUUUAUAUUAAUUGUGAAAGGGGUUACUCUCCUCAAUUUGAAUAGCUAAAUUCUUAUUUUUUGCACCCAACUGGAUUUGUGAUAUAAAAGAGGGUAUAGGUGACCAAAAUAUUAAGCCAAUCUGUGCCUUAGCGGUGAGCUCCACACUCCUUUUGUCACUGGAAUGUUUUUUGUACCUGAAAAUACCUCCAGAGUGUAUUUAAGUAUAUGUAAGGAAGGCUUUUUGUCACAGUACAAAAUGUGGCAAUUAUUCUAUCUUGAUUUUUAGCUUUUACCCAUCCUAAUCUGCCGCAAUAACAAAUUUCAUUUAGAUGCCAUUAAUUGGAAUAACUUUGUCUGUUUUAAUUAUGAAUGUUAUUUAUUAUUGCUCAUGUUAAACUGUAACCAAGAUAAUUUACAGAUGGGGAAAGACCAUUUGGCUAAUGUAAUUCAUCUACUUGGAGAUCCACCAGUUCAUCAAACAUCACAUUCCAGUUUCUUCUUGGGUGCUAGAGUUUUUGACUCAACUAUUCAAUUUGACAUGUUCACUUUAUGUAUAUGACUUUUAGAGAGAAUCCUAAACUCAUUAGUUUGCAUCCCUGUCCCACACUCUCUAUUUAAUAUAGUAUUUAUUUUAUACACUAAGAUUAUCUUUUAAAUGCCUCCUUUCCAUGCUGCAGACCUUAAGUUUCUCAUGUUUUUCCUCACAAUUCAGACUUUUUAGCAUCAGCCUUCGAGCCGUUCCUUGCUCUAUCUUAAGCACUUGAAUGGCUGUUUUGUUUCAGCAACUUGAUCAUAUGCAAUGCUCAAAGUAUGGCUUGACCAGAGUGCAACAUUAUUUGGCUCUAUUUCUUUCUGACUUGUAUUGUCUAUGUACUUCAACAUUCCACUGACCUUGUUGAAAUCAUGCUCUGCAUUGUUUGUAUCUGUUAUAUGUCAAGUCUAUAGUCUUAGACUUUUGUUUGCUGAUAAUCUGCUGAGUGAAAGCUCAAACUCACAUUUGUUGAUGAGUAAUAAUUAACUAGUGAAUGUUCUCCUUGCAAAGGGAGAGCUCUACAUCAGAGUUGACUCCACGUGAUGGAGUCAACAGAAGGAAAUUAAUCCUUUAGAACAGUGUCGCAAAGUCAAUACUUGAUCAAGGAGAUAUCACCAUGUUCUAGAAUGCUUUUGGUAAUUGAUCAGCCAUGCUGACUCAUUGAUGGGACUAGGAAUGAGAGACCAGGAACAUUUUUCUUAGUCAUCAAUUGCUCAGCAGGUUGAACCCUGUAAACAGAAACUCUAUUCAUGUAGAUUUCUCAGAAAUUUCACUUGAUAAAUCCACAUGAAUGAUGGAUGGGAGACAGGUGAUAGGUUAUACAUGACAAGUUUUGGCAAAUCCAAUUAAAAUGAGUCUCACCCAAGUUACAACUCCCUAAGGUUAGUGAUGAUAAUAGUUCUGUCUUUACGCUUGACCAAAUAGUUUAUCUCAUCGUAGGCAAAAUGUUCACUUCUUCCCACCCGACAAAAUGAGGACAGUGAUGGAUUGUAUGAAACGGGCUGCUGCAGCCUGGAGGUCAAACAGCGAUUGACUUUGAAUCCCAGAAAUAUAGAUUGUUUUUGAUCCACUUGUUCAGAUUUGUUUUGACGUAUCUGUGGAGCAAGUGGUACUUGAAUCUCGGCCUAUUGGACAAGAGAUAGGGACAUAUCACAAGAGUCUAUAAAUUAUAUUUCAACCUCUUCCCAGCUGCUGUGGAAUUUGAACCACAUUCCCAGAAUAUUAGCAUAGACCUAUGGGUUACUAGUCCAGUGGCAUUACCACACACUGGCUUUUUAACAAUGGCAUAGGGCUCAAUCCUGAGGUGAAAUGUUGCAUGUUGUAAUGACUGAGCUAGUCAGACAUAUCCUAGAAUAGUAUGAUUAAGCAAUUCAACAAGCCCAGAUUUUGGUCCUUUGACAAAGGUAUUUCAAGUGCUGAGGACUCUGGUUUGGGGGUGACAAUGUUUUAAUUCUUCUGGCAAUAUGAACUUGCUUAAUUCAUCAUGGGAACACUGUAUUUUUACAGAGUGGGCCCAACGGGUGUACGCAAUUAGCUUUGUCUUUCAAACUCCAGAUGGCUGUGUACGGGUUUCUUUUGAGUGUUCCUGAAUUGAAUUCCUGGUGAUAUGCCUCUGGGACCAGUUUAAAUGCACUAAGGCUGUCAGCUUUUAUCUGUUUAUAAUCAAGGGACAAUAAACCUCUCAAGCUUUUUUCCUGGUUAAUUGACCCUGAAUCAUUAGGGCCCAUGUUUCUUGUGGCCAUCAUAGCUGUCCUGUUACCUUUAGAAAGAUGGUGAAAAAGGAUUCCACCUCACCUCUUUCAAAUUUAGGUAGAAAAGAGCAUCAAGGCUUGGUUCUGAGGCAGUGAGA